GGAAUCACGCAACUCUCAGCUGUCUCGUGGCAAAGGUGUUCCAAACAAUCUCACCAACUCAAUUGUGUAUAUCUGUUCCCGCUGUCCAAACGUCGAUGUUGCUGAUACUGUUCUUGUGCGUCCUCUUGGUGGUCAUUUGUCUGCGUUCGGUAUGGCAUGGACGACACUGGCUACGCCUGGGAUUGGAAGGACCCUGCGGCUGGCCACUGGUUGGAAAUAUGGUGAACUUUGCUCUGGCCAGGCAAUCGUACGGGGAAGUCUACGAACGGAUUUACAGGGAGAGCCACGGCCUAAAAUACGUGGGAUUCUAUCGCCUGUUCAACGAACCCGCCAUUCUGGUGCGGGAUCAGGAGCUGCUGCGCCAGAUCCUGGUGGGCAGCCACUUUGCCGACUGCGCGGACAAUGUCGUCCAUGUGGACCCCCACCGAGAUGUCCUGGCCAGUCACAAUCCCUUCAUCGCCUGCGGUGAACGGUGGCGGAUCUUUCGAGCCGACCUGGUGGCCCUCGUCACGCCCAGUCGUGUGCGCCAGACCUUGCCCCAUGUGGCAGCCGCCUGUCGGUUGCUCCGGGAGCAAGUGCCCCGCGAACGCUUCGAUGCCAAGGAGCUGGCCACCCGGUACACCCUGCAGGUGGUUGCCUCUGUGGUCUUCGGCCUGGAUGCCCAUUGCCUGGGCCGCCGGGAAGCAACCGGGAUUCCGAGCCGCUGGCUGGAGUGGUUGGCCCCGCUUUUCCAACCGAAUGCCUGGAGUUUGCUGGAGACGAUUGCCCUGUUGCACUCACCUCGACUGGGCCGACUCAUCGGCCAUCGAUACGUGCCCCUAAACCUGCAGCAUUGGUUCAGGGAAUUGGUGGCAGCCAGGAGCGGCGGGGACAACCUCCUCCAGUGGCUGGUGGAUGGCAAGCGGACGUUGGGGCAGGACGAGCUAACUGGAUACGCCACCACACUUCUGUUGGAGGGCUAUGAAACCUCGGCGAUGCUCCUGGCAUUCACCCUUUACGAGUUGGCCCUCAACCGGGAUAGACAGCAAAGGGUCCAAAUGGAAUUGGAUGAGGUGGCCCAACGACAUGGCAGUAAUCUGCUGGCCCAAGCGCCCCUGGGCGAACUUCGCUAUACCGAAGCAGCGCUCCUCGAGGCACUGCGUCUUCAUCCGGCCAUGCAGGCCUUGCAGAAGCGCUGCACCAAAUCCUUCACCCUUCCGGCGCAGAAAUCUGAUGGCAGCGGCGAAGUCAGGGUGGAUUUGGGCACCGUCCUGGUGGUACCUGUCCAGGCCAUCCACCUAGAUCCCGAAUUGUAUCCGGAAUGCAACAAGUUUCGUCCAGAGCGCUUCUUAAACCAGUCACCGAUGGGCUGCCGAUUCCUGGGCUUUGGCGCCGGACCUCGGAUGUGUCCGGGAAUGCGGCUCGGGUUGCUCCAGACGAAGGCUGCGCUGGUCACACUCCUGCAGGACCACUGCGUCCUUCUGGCGGACCACAACCAGGAUCGGGCAAGAGUGGAGGUGUCUCCGCUGACAUUCCUAACGACUACCAAACAGGGCAUUUGGCUGCGUUUGGAGAGGAGGUCACCCAACUGAGGAGCAUCAUUAUGUUAUGACUAUUAGGAAAAAUACUGAAGUUCAAACCGUAUACUUUCUAGAAAAAAGAAAAACUAACCAAUGAAGAUGGUAACAUUUUCCAACUGUGACUGUCUAAACUUGAAAUAAUUGCCAUGACAUAAAGUUUUAAAGUUCAUCUAAUAACUAAAUAUUUUUAGGCAAUAUUUUCAUGCUGCUACAUAAUUUGAUGUGAAAAGUAAUCCAAACAGAACCAUUGAGGAUAUUAAUCUCACUGAUGCGGUCUGCAAACCAGUC